UCGGCUCUCGCUCGCGGUGGGAGAGAGUCCGCCAUGUGCGUGGCAAGGCAGCCUAGGACUUCCGCUUGGUGGACAGUCAGUCGUAAGGCGCUGCUUCCUCCCGCGAGCAGAAGCGCGUCCCUCCACUGGCAUCGGGCUGCGGCCUUCAGCCAGGCCACCCCAAGUCCAGCCGUUGGAAAAGGAGUUCCGGAGCACAGGCUGGCCGACGAGGCGGCGUCCUCCCCCUUCCCUUCCCUUUACGCCUUCACUCCUGCCAGGCCAAAAGGCCCGAGCAGUGGGCAGAACCGAGAGAACGACCUCCCCACGUCGACGGAGCCGCUAAAGAGCCGCGAGCGGCCUCCACGCAAGAGCGGAGUUGCACGGGAGCCGGCAGUCGGCGGUGCGAUCCCGUUGUUCUUUGGAGGCGGAAGGGCUUCGGCGACGGACCAACAUCCGGCGGCGGCCCUCGAGGGAGCGAUGCUGGCGUUGCGGACGGCGCGGGGGGUCGCCAGGGGGCUCCUUCUGCGGGAGAGCUGCAGGCGGCCAGUGCCCACAAUACGGUUGGCUAGGGUGCCACAGAGAUGGUCCUCCAGCCUGCCCAUGAACACUGUGAUCCUCUUCGUACCCCAGCAGGAAGCAUGGGUGGUGGAGCGCAUGGGCAAGUUCCAUCGCAUCCUGGAGCCAGGACUGAACUUCCUCAUCCCGCUCCUGGAUCGUAUCCGUUAUGUGCAAAGCCUCAAAGAAAUUGUCAUCAACGUGCCAGAGCAGUCGGCUGUUACCCUUGAUAACGUGACCCUCCAGAUAGAUGGUGUCCUCUACUUGCGCAUCAUGGACCCUUACAAGGCGAGUUAUGGAGUGGAGGAUCCAGAGUAUGCUGUCACCCAGCUGGCCCAGACCACCAUGCGAUCUGAGCUGGGCAAACUCUCCCUUGAUAAAGUCUUCCGGGAGCGUGAAUCCCUCAACUCCAGCAUUGUGGACGCUAUUAACCAGGCCUCAGACUACUGGGGCAUCCGGUGCCUGCGCUAUGAGAUCAAGGACAUCCACGUGCCGCCUCGCGUCAAGGAGUCGAUGCAGAUGCAGGUGGAGGCCGAGAGGCGCAAGCGGGCGACCGUGCUGGAGUCGGAAGGGACCCGGGAGUCGGCCAUCAACGUAGCCGAGGGGCGGAAACAGGCGCAGAUCUUGGCCUCUGAAGCAGACAAAGCGGAGCAGGUCAACCAAGCUGCCGGGGAGGCCAAGGCCAUUCUGGUGAGGGCUCAGGCCAAGGCAGAAGCAAUCCGCGUUGUGGCAGCUGCUCUGGCAGAGCAGAACGGCAACGCUGCAGCUUCGCUGUCAGUGGCUGAGCAGUACGUGUCUGCUUUCUCUAAGCUGGCAAAAGAGACCAACACCAUCCUCCUGCCGUCCAGCACAGGAGACAUCACCAGCAUGGUAGCCCAGGCAAUGGGGAUCUACAGCUCCCUCAGCAAGCCUCAGCCCCUGAAGGCCACGGAAGCCACGGCUCCUCCCUCCACCCUCCAGGGACAGCAGCCCUCAAUCACAGAGUACUCUGAGCAGGAGCAGCCAACUGCCAGCUGACAGAGAAGCCUGCGGGCACGGAGCACAGGGAUGCCCCCUCCUCCAUGCCUGCCGUGGGUGGACCUUGCAGCCCCCUGACCUUUGACUCUUGCCCUUCCCACUUUGCUUUAUUUUCUAAUUUGGAUUUAAUCAUGUAAUAAAAGGAGGUAGCCAGGG